AUGGCUAACCGACCCCUCGUCCCUGGCGUUUACGUGCCGACCGUCGCCUUUUUCACCGAGAACGAAGAUGUUGACAUCCCCACGGUCGAAAAGCAUGCGGCAUACCUAGCAAAGACUGGUCUCGCCGGUAUCGUCGUUCAAGGAAGCAACGGCGAAGCCGUCCACCUAGACCGCGAAGAACGAAACUCCAUCACCGCCGCGACCCGCCGCGCCCUCGACUCCGUCGGCGCCACAUCCCUUCCUGUCAUCGUCGGCACAGGUGCGGCCUCAACCCGCGAGACCAUCAACCUGUGCAAAGACGCCGCAGCCUCUGGCGGCGACUACGUUCUCGUCCUCCCACCAAGCUACUACAAGUCCCUGAUCUCCAAUGAGGCCCUACUGGACCACUUCCGUGCCGUCGCAGACGCUUCCCCGAUUCCAGUUCUCAUCUACAACUUCCCCGGCGCCUCGUCAGGACUCGACCUUUCCUCCGACGACAUCCUUGCCCUCGCCGCUCAUCCGAAUAUUAUCGGUACGAAACUCACCUGCGGCAACACGGGUAAGCUUGCCCGUAUUGCUGCACAAGCCGGUCCGUCGUUUCUUACUUUUGGCGGAUCAUGCGAUUUCACCCUUCAAACUCUCAUUGUGGGCGGUGCGGGUGUCAUCGCCGGUACCGCGAACCUUAUCCCACGUGCCUGUGUGCGAAUCCAGGAGCUCUAUAAUGACGGCCGUGUCGAAGAAGCCCAGAAGGUCCAGGCUGUGGUGGCCCGUGCGGAUUGGCACGCUAUCAAAGGUGGAUUUGUGGCUGUUAAAAGCGCGCUUCAGUCGUACCGUGGGUACGGGCUGCAGCCGCGCCGGCCGUGCGUUGCACCUUCGGCCGAGGGAGUUGCUGUUCUGAAGGAGGCGUUCAGCGAGGGUAUCGAGCUCGAGAGACAACUCGAGGCGUCGCAAUGA